GGAUGUGGCUUGCCUCGCUAAGAAAGGUCGUCUGUCAAGUUUCAGAAACCUUCCUGGUCUAAUGGUCCUAAAGACAGAGGACAAGCAUUGCUCUGAUAAGGACCCAGGAAGGCUUCCCCUUGCUAAGCAUCCUCCUCCAGCAUCCUCCUCCAACAUCCUCCUCCAGCAUCCGUCUCCAGCAUCCACCUCCAGCAUCCGUCUCCAGCAUCCACCUCCAGCAUCCGCCUCCAGCACCCUCCUUCAGCAUCUUCCUCCAGCAUCCACCUCCAGCAUCCUCCUCCAGCAUCCGCCUCCAACAUCAGCCUCCAGCAUCUGCCUCCAGCAUCCGCCUUCAGCAUCCACCUCCAGCAUCCUCCUUUUUUAAUGCUGGCUCCCUGAAAAGUGCUCAGGCCAUCGUCAAGUGAAUAGUCAGGGACAGGAUCUCACCUCAUUCUUCCACCCAAUGGGCAGUGGGCACUCACCCACCUGAGACAGGCACAUCUGAGUCCUCUAACUGUGGCUCACUCCCAGCAUCUCCUGCCCGUGGCCAGAACUGUGAUUCUGUU